AUGGCGCCAAUCGCAAUAAGCCCCCAAACUUCGCCCCGACUCGUUCCAGCGCCGGUCAAGGAUACGUCUAUACUGCAGCACAGCGACUGGCGAGCCGACCUACAACGGGACGGCUAUGCGAUCGUCAAAGGUGCUAUCCCGCGAGCGAGAGCCCAGGAGUACCAGCAGAAGGCGUACGAGUGGUUGACGUCGUUCGGUAACGAUCUGGACUUCAACGACCCUUCCACAUGGGUGAAGGAGAACUUGCCCGUGCAAAGCAAGAUCAACACUUUCCACACAUAUGGCGUCGCUCAUGAGAAGUUUAUGUGGGAUGCGCGAAUGGAGCCUGGAGUCCUAGACGCAUUUGCUCUCCUGUGGGGUACGGAUGAGUUGUUGGCAAGCUUCGACAGCCUCAAUAUUACCUUGCCGAACCGAAAGGAUGUGCCCAGGAAGCCGGCUUGGGAGCACAUCGACCAAAGCCCGUUGAGGCGAGGAUUACAUUGUGUGCAGGGCGUCAUCAACCUAUCUCCGUCCGGACCUGAAGACGGCGGAUUGGUGGUCUACCCGGUUUCGCACAACCUGAAUGACGUAUUCUUCGACAACCAGACCAACCCUAAGACGUGGGAGCGUCUUGACCGGUAUCUCUUUUCUCGCGAACAGCUCAGUUGGUAUGCCGAAAGGGGCAUCACACCGCACAAAGUAUGUGCAGAUGUUGGAGACCUCAUCCUGUGGGAUAGCCGGACCCUUCAUUAUGGAGCGGAACCGACAGAGCUCAGCAACCAGAUCCGGACAGUCAUAUAUGCCGCCUUCACGCCGGCGAAAUGGGCGAGCGAGGAGCAACUGAGGCUGAAGAAGGAGGCUUUCGAGAGGUAUGGCGGAACGACCCAUUGGCCGCAUGACAACAUCGUCACUCGGGAAACGAGAACAUUCCUGGAGGACGGCAGUAGAGACCCACGCGAUCGUGAACAGCCAUUGGAGCUGCCACAGAUGAGCGAUGCAUUGCUGAAGCUUGCCGGAGCCAAGCGUUAUUGA